AUAUCUAUAGAAACAAUGGCGGAUAAACCAACUCCUCUAUUAGCCGUAUUACAGUUACUCCGGAAAUAUAAUUUAAAGGGUACUGAGGAGAUUCUUAAAAAAGAAGCAAGUUUAGGCGAUGUGGAAAUCGAUAAUAUUGACCUUCCCGAGGUGGAACUGGCCAGUAUCCUCACCUCGCACCAUACAGAAAGCGAUCCCUACACUUACGAAAUCGCUUAUGAUAGCCUCAAAAAGUUUGUUGAGAACUCUUUAGACAUGUAUAAGCAUGAGCUAUCCACACUGUUGUAUCCAGUAUUUGUGCACAUGUACCUGAGUCUCAUACUGUAUGAUCACAAUGAACAUGCUAGUAAUUUUCUUGAGAAAUUUAGUUCAGAACAAGAAGACUAUUAUCAAGAUGAUUUGAAACGUCUGGCCAUUGUGAAAAACAAGGAUCAGAUAAAGGGUAAUGAACUAGCUGAGAUAUACAGUUCCAAUAAAUUUGUGGUUCAACUAUCAAGAGAUGCAUCUUCGCAACUGAAACGGUACUUACAAGAACAGAAGAGUUCCACUGUCAUCAUUAACAUUAUAAACAAUCACAUUCAGAUUGAAGUACAUGAUGGACCUGGAAGAACUCAAGCUCAAGUGAGGGCCACAGCUGGUGGAAUCCUAGGAGAAGCCACUAAGAAUGAAAAUCGCACCAAGGUUUAUUAUGGACUGUUAAAAGAACCUGAUAUACAAGUUCUUCCAGCACCAGUGGAAGAUGAGGAAGAACCAGAAGAGACGCCUGAUAAGCCAAAAAAGAAAAAGGCCAAGAAGGACAAUAUAUUCAUGAAAAAACCGAAAUCAGACCCAAAUGCUCCACCUAACGAUAGAAUACCUUUACCAGAAUUGAAAGAAACUGACAAAUUAGAGAAAGGCAAAGCAAUAAGAGAGGCUUCAAAACGUGUAGCAUUGGGGCCUGAAAGUUUACCAUCAAUUUGUUUCUACACACUGUUGAAUAGUGGAAACACAGCAAUUUCCGCCGACAUUUGUGACGAUUCCACCCUUUUGGCAGUUGGAUUCAACAAUUCCACAAUAAAGGUUUGGACUCUUACACCUGUGAAGUUACGUGGGAUGAAAUCAGCAGAAAAAUUGCAAGAUAUUGAUAGAGAAGCAGGAGAUGUUCUCGUCAGGAUGAUGGAAGAAAAAGAUAGAGACACGUGUCGUACACUUUUUGGACAUGGGGGACCCGUUUACAAAGUAGGAUUUGAUCCCUUCAAAACCAUGCUACUGUCUUGCUCUGAAGAUUCUACAGUAAGACUCUGGUCCCUUCAAUGUUGGACGUGUUUGGUAGUAUACAGAGGACAUAUAUGGCCAGUUUGGGAUGUCCGAUGGUCAACACAUGGCCAUUACUUUGUUUCAAGUGGCCAUGACCGGACAGUUCGCCUCUGGGCUACAGACCACCAUCAACCAUUGCGGGUCUUUGCUGGACAUCAGUCAGAUGUGAAUUGUGUCCAGUUUCAUCCGAAUUCCAACUACAUUGCAACUGGCUCAAGUGAUAGAACAGUUCGUGUUUGGGAUUGUCUAACAGGCACCAAAGUCCGAAUCAUGACUGGCCAUAAGCAAUCUGUGUUCACUGUUGCAUUCUCAGUGUGUGGACGUUGGCUAGCCUCAGCUGGCGCUUGCGGAGAGCUUAUGAUAUGGGAUAUAGCAACAGGCUCCCCUGCCGCUGCUUUGCCUCCUGCACAUACUGCCUCCAUCCAUGCUCUGGCAUUCAGCAGAGAUGGUACUAUUCUGUCUUCAGGCUCUCUGGACUGCACAAUUAAACUAUGGGACUUCACAGCAAUAACUGAUGAAGCUACUAAUGAAGAAAAUGGAAAUUCCAGCACUGCACAAAAGGAUGACAAAUUCUUAUUGCGUUCAUUUGCUACUAAAAAUUCGCCUGUAAAAAGCCUACACUUUACCCGACGCAAUCUCUUGCUAGCUGUGGGCUCAUACGAAGGCAGUUCUUAAUUUUAUUUUAAACAACUUUACUGUUACAGGGAUGAGUUUAAUUCAGAUAACAUUUAAAAUAAACUUUAUAUUCUAUUAAGAUUAUUAACAUUCAUUUUA